CGCCCCGCCCCGCUGUGUUUGACCCACGUGUGUAGAGAAUGUGUUGAUAUUUCCACUGAGUCUCUUUCCGUCAAACAGAAUCAUCAGGUUUGUCUCAGCUGAAUUCAAACUCAAACCCGGGUUCGUCUGCAGACAUGGAUCUCGCCUCCAGGGACUCGUACAUCCAGAAACUGGCCAGUAAAGUGUUUUCUCAACGAGACCAGGAACCGAAGAAGAGGCCGUUCGUGCAUUUCAAAGGUAAAACUGACACUGGUCCUCCAAAGAAGAAAAAGUGCAAAAAGAAGAAUUUCAAAGAACGAGGCCCCAACGAGAAGACGCCUAAACCCCAACAGAGUCCUUCGCUUUCUACAGCAGCACAGAAAGGUGCGGCCAAAGCAAAACGCAGUGACUCCAAAGCUGAGAGCGUAAAUGGAUCCACAGCACAGAAACAGAAAGGAGUUAGUAACCAGUCCAACUUCUCGACAGUGGAUGUUUUACGCAAAAGGCUGCAUGAAAAGAUAGAAGAGUCCAGAGGGCAGGGAGCCCCAAAGGAUGCAUUAUCAGACGCCGUCCUGGCAAAGCGAGCAAAGCGGAAGCUGGAACGAGAGCGCAAGAAGAGGAAGAGGAAAGAGUUUCGGAUGAAAAAACUGACUGAAGACAGUGGCCAAGAGCAGCUGCCAGAGGUAAAACAGGAGGUGCAGGAGACGCCCGCUGCAAGCAAGAGAAGUGAAAGCUCUAUUAUAUUCAACAAGGUGGAGACAGUGGAGGAAGGCUACGUAGACAAAAUGCAGAAGAAGAAGAACAAGAAACAGAGCGUCAAGGGCCAGAUAACGCCGCUGACGGGGAAGAACUACAAGCAGCUGCUCGGUCGCGUGGAAGCUCGCAAGGAAAAGCUGGAAAAGCUGAGGGAGAAAGAUGAGGGGAAGGCCCUUGAGAUGGAGAAGAAGAUCAAAUGGACCAACCUGCUUUAUAAAGCAGAGGGCAUCAAGAUAAAAGAUGACGAGAACAUGCUGCGCACGGCGCUGAAGAAGAAGGAGAAGAGGCAUGAACAGAGGAAAAAGAAAUGGGGCACACUUAGCGAUAACGUCGUAGAGAAGAUGCAGCAACGGCAGGACAAGAGAAGGAAGAACCUCCAGAAACGCAGUAAGGCCAAAACGGAGAAGAAGAAGGACAGGGCACGGAAGAAAGGCAGAGUGUUGCCCGAGGACUUGAAAUAAGCUUCAGUGUAAUGGAAGGAGUCUGUUGUAUGAUUAGAAAACAUCUGUGAAAAA